UAUAAAUCUUUACACAAAUUACCAGAAAAUAUGCUAAGUCGCAAACGUCGCGCCAGCUCCAUAUCGAGCCGUCAAGACGAAGAUCCCCUGCUGUUAGAUGACUCAACGCCCGAGCAGUCACCGGUGCAGCAAACACAAUCGGCGCGAAAAAAGCGGCGCUUGGAUCCGACGGAGCUGUGCCAACAGUUGUACGACUCCAUUCGCAACAUCAAGAAGGAGGAUGGCUCGAUGCUGUGCGAUACAUUUAUACGGGCGCCCAAGCGCCGUCAAGAGCCCUCCUACUAUGACGUGGUGGUCAAUCCCAUCGAUUUGCUCAAGGUUCAGCAGAAGCUGAAGACAGACUCCUACGACGAUCUGUAUGACAUGAUGAACGACCUCGAGCUGUUGAUAAGCAAUGCAAAGGCGUUCUACAAGCCAGACUCGACGGAGUUUCAGGACGCCAUUGCUUUGUGGCAGCACAUCCAAACGCAGCGUCAACGCAUUAUGGAGGCGAAUGGAUUCGCCGAGGAGGAGCCACGUGCCAAGCGUGUGCCGCGCAAUCCACGUCGGUUGACGAGCAGCGCUGAGCCAGGCGGCGGUGAUCUCGACGAUGAUUGCUCUCAGUAUGAGGAGCUCUUUGCUUCCAUUAUGACGGCGACGGAUCCCAUUGGGGAGCGAUCAAUGCAUCGCAUGUUCCAGCUGCUGCCCUCGAAAAAGAUCUAUCCCGACUACUAUGAUGUCAUCGAGCAUCCGAUAGACCUGCGUCUGAUUGCUACCAAGAUUCAAAUGAACGCCUACUCGUCGCUGGUGGAAAUGGAACGGGAUCUGCUGCAGAUGACGAAGAAUGCCUGCCUCUUCAAUGAGCCCGGCUCGCAGAUAUACAAGGAUGCCAAGGCGCUGAAGCGCAUCUUCACACAACGACGCAUCGAACUGGAGACCGGCAAGGGCAAACCAGCACGGCGCCUAAAGAAUUUGUCCAGCGCGACCAUAGCAGCGCUCAAAGAGGAAGUGGAUAGCUCCGACGAUGAGGAGACGAGCAAGAAGGGCGAGGGACCAAUGUGGGCGCUUUUCGAUCACUUGUACAAUGCGCCCGGUACCUCAGAGCACCCGGGUGUCACUGGUCCACCGCUGGGCAACUCGUUGUGGAAGUUGCCAGUGCGUCGCUUUCAUCCCGAAUACUUUGAGCUAAUCAAGCGUCCCAUUUCGAUGAGCCAAAUAAAUACGAAGUUGAAGAAAGGCGACUAUGCCAAUAUAAGCGAUCUCACUGGCGAUCUCUAUUUGAUGCUGGACAAUGCCAAAAAGGCAUUUCCGGCAACGCAUCGCACGAACAAAGAUGCGCUGAAAAUGCUUAAGCUGAUGAAUGCCAAACUGGUGGAGGAGUCCCUGGAGGAGACCAGCGACUUGGACGAGGACGACACAGAUGAAACAUUCAUCACAAGUGUGCAGCAGGAGCGACGAAAACCGGGCCGGCCACGCAUCAAUUCCAACUCGAAUUCGAGCACGACGCACGUGUCCAAUGUGUCCUCGAAUUCACCCAAAUCGAAUCGGAUUGCGAUCAACGCAACCAUCAAGAAGAAAAUACUCAGCAUCCAGAAAUAUCUGGUUGACUAUGCGGUGGGCAAUCGUCGACCCAUCGAGAUGUUCAUGGAGAAGCCGCCGCGCAAAGUGUAUCCCGACUACUAUGACAUCAUCCAGAAUCCCAUCGAUAUGAACACCAUUGAGCACAAUAUACGCAGCGAUCGGUAUGCCACCGUCGAGGAUGUCGUCGCCGACUAUCGGCUGAUGUUCUCCAAUUGUCGUCAGUACAAUGAGGAGGGCUCCAACAUCUAUGAGGAUGCCAAUGCUCUCGAGCGUGCCCUAACCGAGAAGCUCAAAGAGUUUCCCGGCCUGGUGGAGGUAAAGCGACCACUACAAAAAUACAACAAACUGGGACGCAAACCAAAAGCGGCUCUGCUGGCGGACAGAGAACGUCUGUGGCAAUUCUAUGAGACGCUGCGCGACUAUCAGGAGCCGAAGGGCAAGCGCCAAUUGUCGCUGAUCUUCACCAAGUUGCCGUCGAAGAGUGAUUACCCCGAGUAUUAUGACAUCAUUAAGGAGCCAAUGGAUAUGGAACGCAUUGCCCAGAAGCUCAAGCAGGCCACCUACGACAGCGUGGACGAACUAGCCGCUGACUUGCUGUUGAUGCUGGAGAACGCCUGCAAGUACAAUGAGCCCGACUCGCAGAUCUACAAGGAUGCUUUGGUGCUGCAACAGUUGACUUUGCAGCUAAAGCAACAGUUGCGCACCGAACGAGAUUCGUUGCCGGAUGUGCCGUUGGCUGUGCAGGAGCUGUUUUUAACCCUGUUCACCUCGGUGUACAAUCAUCAGGAUGAGGAGGGACGCUGUUACUCUGACUCCCUCGCCGAGCUGCCCGAGUACGAUGAGUUGGGUGAGGGUGCCAAGGUGCGGGGUAUUUCGCUGGAUCUGGUCAAGCGGCGUCUGGAUAAAGGCGCCUACAAGCGUCUGGAUGUCUACCAGGAGGACAUCUUUGCCUGCAUGGAGCGAGCACGCAAAUUUUCCCGCACCGAUUCGGACAUAUUUCAGGACGCCAUCGAGCUGCAAACGUAUUUCAUACGCAAGCGCGAUGAGCUCUGCAAGGACACGUUGAGCUCGCCGGCGCUCAGCUUUACGCUGGAUCAGCUGCUGGCCGACGUGGAGGUUAUGCGGCUGCAGAAGGUGGCGCAAGAGGAGCAGGACCAGGAGCAGGACAAGGACAAGGAUGAGUUCAACGCAACCACCAAGGGCGAAAGCAUGACAAUCAAUCAGCAAGUGUAUUCACCCGGGGAUUAUGUCUACGUGCAGAUGCCGGAGAACAAAAUACCCAGCAUUGUGUGCAUCGAGCGACUAUGGACGACGCCAAGCAACGAGAAGCUGAUGCAGGCCUCGAUCUUUCUGCGUCCGCACGAGACGUAUCACGUGACGACGCGCAAGUUCCUCGAGAAGGAGGUGUUCAAGAGCAGCAUCUCGCAAACGAUUUCCAUGGACAAGGUGCUCGGCAUGUGCUAUGUGAUGCACAUCCGGGACUACAUCAAGCUCCGGCCGGACGGACUGCCCGAAAAGGAUGUCUUCGUCUGCGAAUCUCGCUACAAUCUGCAAGGACGUUGCUUUAAGAAGCUCAAAAAUUGGCCAACGUCACGCGAGGGCUCGGUAAGAUUUGUGGCGCGCGAGACGCCGCUGGAACUGAAGCGUGUGAUGUCCGUGUUCAAGGAGCGCAUCGAGAAGCACAAGGGUGAACUGGAGGAGCUCAAGCUGCAGGAGGCCCUCAUCGAAAAGGAGAAACCCAAUGUGACCUGCGAUGCGCCACCAAAUGCCGAGGACGCCAGCGUCUACUAUCAGCAGUACAACACCAUUUGCAGUGGCGUCAUCAAAACGGGAGAUUUCGUGUACGUGGCCACCCAGACGGGCAAACAGUCCGUUGCCCAAGUCCAGCAAAUCUGGGAACUUAAUGGUAAAUCCUAUUUCAAGGGACCCUGGUUGCUGGCGCCCAGCGAGACAACGCCAGCACUGGGCAAGCAAUUCUAUCGCCAAGAGCUGCUCCUUAGCACCGUCGAGGACAUUAGUCCAGUCAUCGGCAUUGUGGGCCGUUGCGCCGUGCUUGAAUACGCCGAGUUCAUCAGUUCCCGGCCAACGGAAAUCGCCGAGAGUGAUGUGUACAUAUGCGAGUCCGUCUAUGAUGAACUGAAGAAGGCAUUGCGCAAUCUUGUCGUUGGCAAUCUGCGCAAAUUCCAACAUAGCGCCGCUGUCACCGAGGAUGAGAUCUUUUACUUCAAAACGCCCAUCAAACCGGCCAAGGAUGUAAAGAGCGAAACGAACGAACUGGCCAUGCUCGAGGAUUCGAUGGAUGGGGAUACGCCAUCGCUUAGCUCGGAUAUAGUCGCCAUAUCCUCGCCAGCGCCGUCUGUCAACUCGACGCCGCUUACCUUCAAGGCCAAGGCCAAGACGACCAAGAAGAGCCUCACCGGCUACAUACUCUACUCCAGCGAUGUGCGCAAGGGUAUAAGUCAAAGCAAUCCAGAUGCCUCGUUCGGCGACAUCUCACGCCUGGUGGGCAACGAGUGGAAAAGCCUGCCAUCGAGCGUUAAGCAAAGCUGGGAAGAUCGCGCCAACAAGCUUAACGAGGAGGCUGCCGCCUUGCGUCGUGAAAACGACGACAGCCAAAAUUGCGGCAGUCCGCUGCCACAAAACGCAAACAGCCAGGAGACGGGUCCGCCGCUCACCUUCGAGUGUCUGUGGGACAAGUGCGACUUUCAGUUCGAGGAGAUGGCCGACUGCACGGAGCAUUGCCUGGCAGAUGCCACCGGUCACAUACAGCGCCAUCCGCAGGCGGGCGUCGAGAUGGAGUACGUGUGUCUAUGGCGCGCCUGUCCGCGCAUCCGCAAGUCCGUCCAGGCAUUUCCCAAUGUGCUGCGCCUCAUCAAGCAUGUGCGCGAGGUGCAUCUGAGCAAGUGCGGCAAGCCGCUGGCACUCACCGAGCGCAGCAAAAACUUUGUACCGCGUAAGCAGAAGCUGCUGCCACAGAUGGCCUCCAGCGCACUAUCGAUUCAUCCAUCCAGCAAUGCCGUGUCACCUCGAGCACCGCUCAUCGCAGAUGCGGGCCAGCAGCAGCAACAGUUGCAGCUUCAGCAGCAGCAGGCACAACAACAACAGCUGGCGAACGUUGUCACCGGAUUGCCGCAGGAGCCGAUGUUUGUUACUGUGCCGCCACGUGCCAAUCGUGUCAUCCACUCCGAGGCCUACAUCAAGUACAUUGAGAGUCUGCAGACAGGCAGCCAUUUGAAUGUCAGUGUGUGCAACAACAAUUGGCGUCGAUCGCUUACCCACCUGAAUCCCUCGCAGGUGGGCAAGACACAGCUGCCCGAGCACUGGCUGGGGCCCAAUCUUCGUGAUCAGGAGAAUGUGGUGCAGGCGCUGUGCCAUUUGCGUAACUUCAUGUUGGACGAUGUGCUGGAAAUAGAGCGCAGCUGCAACUAACAUUAAUUUUAAAUUUAAAUCCAAACCGUCGUCAGCAUAAAGUUAAAAUAAGAAUAUAUUGCAUAUUGCAAUAUGACGCAUUUAUCGAGAUUUCGAUAUGUAAUGAGAACAACACAUUAAUAUGAAUAAACAUCUCAUCCUCUUUAAUCAGA